UAUGGUAACAAUAUUUACAAACUUCAGCUUGGGCCGAAGUGCAGCCAAAGCCAUACAAAACCGGGUUAACUAUGAACCACAAACCCUAAGCCCAUACAUCUAUUGUGAGGCCGAGGAGAACUAUCAAUCCUCCACCACAAAGCUGAGAGGAUAGAAGUCAACGGCGAUCAUUGAUGGUUCAGUCAGGUGGUCUCGGCAGAGGUCUGUAGUGACAGGAGUCAUCUUCCUCCCAUACUCUCAAGGCAAGAACAGCUUCUGGCACACUCCGAGAUUGAAGUCGUCCCCGAAUUGACGUAGAGAUUCGAUGCAGGACAGUGUUCUGAGACAAUCCAAUUUUUCUCUCUUGCCAUAAGUGAUAGAUGGUUGCUGCAAAGGCUAAGAUUGUGACUUGAUUCGAGAAGCUCUUCUGGCGCCGAUGGUGAGAAGUCCAAUUUACAAGUUCAGCCCAAUUAGAAGGCCGAAUGUGAAAUCCACCUCUUCCCUGUAUAAAGCUCCAAAUUGGGGAGUAGAAUUGGCUGCCAAAGAAAUGGUGGUCAUGGCUUUCUGUAUCAAACUGAUAUUGCUAAAACAAGUCCACUGAAUCUUUUCAAGAACCCUAGUCAAGCUUCGAGAACCUCCAAGUCCACUGUGUUUAAGUGGACAACUUAGAUUCAUCACAUCAUGCACUGCUUCUGAUCCCAAUUGCAUCACCUUUGCAUACAAUCUUCUCACAUGCUUGGUGGCCUUUUAUGGACUACUGGACAGAAAGUGGUCGCCUCUCUUUAUGUCGGAAAACAUACCUGUUGAAGCCAUCUUCUACCAUAGUUGAUGAUCUUGGUGUGCUUCGACGUCUCUUGUUCGAUAUUGACUGUAAUUCUUUUGAAGAGGAGGUGGUAUCGGAGGAUGUUGAUGGUAGUACUCCACAUAGAUACUUGGUUGAGUCGUCCUCUUCUUCUUCCGCUGGUGAUGGUGGUUGUGAGGAGGUUUCACCUUUUAACAAAUAAAACCUGCUUCUUUGAGAUUUUCAAGUUGGACUGGAGCAAUGGUACAUGGGAAGAGGUGUUUGACUUGGGUGAUUCUAAGCUUGUCUCGGCAGAUCAAAAGGAUUUUGGGUUGUAUGACUUGGGAAAUAUGAAGAUUCAACCACUAAAUCUUUCAACUGAGCACAUGAGUCUUCCACGUUGUUGAUGGUUUCAACACACAGUAUAGUGUUCCUAUUGAGAUUGCCGCUGGUUUUGGGAAUUCAAGUAUCUUUACCCUACUGCCAGGGCAUUGAGAAGUUUUAUUCAGAACGACUCAAGGAAAACAAAGAAGAACAGAAGUAAGUAUGAGGAGUGAUCUAUAUUUUUUUGAAGUGAGCAGAAACUUUCAUUCCAUUUGAUCAAUGGUUUCAGACUAUGUCCAUUCACAGGUAUUGCUAUUACUAGGCUGAUUUGAAUGUGUUUGAUUAAACAUCAAUUGUUAGCAAGAAAAUGCUUGCUCAUUACCAUAAUUCACAUAUAAUAAUUUAGCCCAUCAUAUAUACAUACAAGUCUAUAUCACACAAAUAGACAAUUGAUUUAUACUUCCUCUGUCCCAAAAUACAUGACCGCUUUUGGGAUAGAGCUCUGGCUUUGGCUGCGCGCGUGUAUGUUGGCAGGUAUGAAAGCAAGUUAUGAUUAUGAUUGAAGCAAAUGGUGGACUGAGAUGGAUAUAAUCUAUUAUGUGGCUGCUAAACAAUGUUCAGAUUUUCUAGAUACCAUGGAACACAAUGUUAUAGAGGGCAUUCAAUUGCAGUUUUCUUUAUUUCAGGAUUGAAAUCGUGUUGAAGUUUCUAUGUUGACGUGAAAAAUUAGACAAUUGAUUUAAUAAAUAACCCAAAUAGGAACAUAAAUUAAAUAAUGGAUCACUAUUAUCUCUCUUUAAUUCAAUAAGCAGUUAAUAUAUAUAUAUAUAUUUUUAUUAAGGUUAAAUUUGAAAGAGAUAUCUAAUAAUAAUUGAAAUAUAUAGAGAAUGCAGAAAAGGAUAUAUAUGUAUUGUGUGUUUUCAGUACAUUAUAUUUUUAGGGCGAAUUGAGAAAAAAAAAAAACCUUGACUAUUACUCACUUGCAAGAAUUUUUCAUUGCGAAUAUUUCUAGCAAGGAAAACCCCCCUCCCCCUAUAUUGAGGGGCAUUUUAACUGACGGAUUGGCCACCACAAUCCACCUCCGUCCAACACAAAAUCCAAAAAAAUCAAACAUCAUCAUAGCAUUAGCCGCAAAUAAACAGGAACAAUAUAUAUCUGCGUAAAAGCAUCGAUAUGAAGCCAAAAAAAAAAAAAAAAUUUAGAAAGGAAAAAAGAAAACCCAAUACAAGAAUUGAAGUUGAUCUUAGAGUUGAAGAAAAUGAAGAGGAAGGUUCAAUGGAACGGAGCUGUUGGUGUUACUUUUGUUCAAUAUUAAUCAAUUAAUCAAAUCUGUUUUUCUCAGCAAUUAUCUCUAACUGCUGUGCGCGCACGUCCUUCUGUCUCGGCUUGAGGUAAGCACUUUGCCAAAGUUAGAGAGAGAGUGUCUUGAUUCUAAAUUAGACUUUAGAGAGAGAGUGUCUUGAUUCUAAAUUAGACUUUAGAGAUAGAGAGGGGCGUCAAAUUUUGUGUUGUAAACUGUAACGGUCGUUCGACACUUGUAUCCUGGAUUGGAUUCGUGAAUUUCCCUUUUAGAUACCCUAACCCUAAUUUGAAAAGGAAACCUAACCCUAAUUUGAAAAGGAAACUUAACCCUAUAUAUAUAUAAUAACCCACCGCGCCUCCGAAAUAUUUUCAUUCCACAGCCUCUUCCUCAAACCCAACCACCAAAAUCCCUAAGCCCAUCUAAAGUAAUUGCUAGGUAUCCAAUGGCUAAAGAACCGUACAUUGGAUUGGUGAGAGACCUAAGGGCUUGUUCGGUAACCCAACCACCGUUUUGUUGGCCCUCCGACCUCCCGGAAGAAUUGCUGGAUUUGAUCUUGGACCAUCUCCGGGACUUGUCCGAUCUCAACCGAUGUCGCGGCGUCUGCCGUUGGUGGCGAUCUGCUGCAGCUCGGAUGAUUUGUGGUAAUAAUAAUCAUGCACUCCCUCCAUUCCUAGUCAUAUUUACUUUAGAAACCCUCAUCUUAUCAAGAGAAUGGAAUAGAGUUUUAUGCGCACCUGAAAGAGAAACCAUCAAGGAGGUUGAUAUCCCAAAAAUACUUCGUCAUUGUUUUGGUUCAACCCCAUGCAUCUCAUCUUACCGUGGUUGGCUACUAGUGCUUAUACUCCGAACCCGUAUUGAUACUAUAUAUAAGAAACAUGUGGACUGCUCAGGUACUGAUAUGACAACCGGUACUCAAUUUACAGUCUCCCAAUUUUCUUCCCCGGAACCUGAUCUUGUUGAAACAACACCACUGUAUCUUUUCAAUCCGUAUUCAAGAAUGCUAGUCAAGCUUCGAGAACCUCCACGGCGACUGUGUAUGAAUGGACAGCUUAGAUUCGUCACUUCAUGCACUGCUGCGGAUCCCAAUUGUAUCAUUUUUGCCUACAAUCUUUGCUCAAACUCGGUGGCUUUUUACGUACUACGACACAAAAAGUGGUCGCCUCUCUUUACUUUUAAUAAUUCAAACAACACAAGAAGACCUGUUGAAGCCAUUUUCUACCAGGGUCACUUCUAUGCAGCUGAUAAUCAUGGUGUGGUUCGACGGCUAUUGUUCGACAUUGAAGAUAAUUCUUACGAGGAGGAAGUGGUAUCCGUUGAUAUUGGUGGUAGGACUCCACAUAGAUACCUGGUUGAGUCCCCGUCUUCUUCUUCUUCUUCUUCUUCUCUGAUGAUGGUUGUGAGGAGGUUUCACCUUCAAACAAGGGCAACCAAGUCGUUUGAGAUUUUCAAGUUGGAUUGGAGGAAUGGUAAAUGGGAAGAGGUGAAUAGCUUGGGUGAUCAAGCCCUCUUCUUGUCCCAUCACGAUUCUCAACUUGUCUCCCACUAUCCUGGAUAUAGCCUUAACUCCUUCUAUUUCAGGAAGAACAGUGUCUUUUUCGUUGAUGAUCUCUUUGCACAUUGGAACUCAGGUAACUUUGAUUUCGGGUUGUAUGACUUGGGAAAUCGGUCGGUUCGUCCGCUAAAUAUAUGUCGCCAGUUUAUGCAGCUUCCACAUUGUGGAUGGUUUCAACCGGCACUAUAGGUAUUGUGCACCUUUAUUGUUUUUUUCAAAGAUCCUGAUUUGCUUCAAGAAUUAAAGCUUGGCAAGUGACGAGGAAGUUUUUUUAUUUUAUUUUUUUAUUUUUAGAAUUGUAUCAGAGUCUAUCGAGCUCUUAAAGCACCCAUAAUAUAUUUUUGGGGAAUAUAUAAAGCUUUAUAUGUUCUGUAUUUGCAUUUGGCUUUCAUAAUGGUAAUGUACAAUUAUCUCCCAAACAA